UCCUUGGAGUCUAUGGAGAAAUAUUGUGUUUCUCUUAUGCUAUUGAUUUUUUUCCGAAGCACUUGAUUGGUUCUUUUGUUCCUCUUGGUUAUCCUUAAAUGGGAAAAAUUCUACCUGGCUUCAGUGCUUGAUAAAAGAAAGGGAUAUAACAGUAUACAGUACAUUAGAUCUUAUGUUCUCUACUUGGUGUAGCUACUGGUGUGAGGUGCAAGGCUGGUUAAAGUGUGUAGUGCUCAGCAUAAUUCCUGGUGUAAUGCCAGAACUCCUGUAGUUUAGCUCUGCCCCAAGGUGGGGAUUUGUUUGUAAUGUACUUGACUGUAAAAGGAUAAUUUAUUCUAAUGAUUCUAAGGGUGCUUUUCUUUCGUCGCUAACCAGAUCUAUGAUAUAGGAAACCCCAUUUCUAUGGAGAAUGAGCUCCUCUUGGGCUCUUCCCAUCGGCAGCCUGUCCACAGUGCUGACUUUAUUUACUGCCAUGUAACGUGUCUCUGCCUAUUUAUUCCUAGCUUGUUAUAUACUCUGAGUUACAGGUUUUGAACAUGUGCACGAAAUGAAGUGAUUGAUCUGGGCUGGAAGAGAGUGGGACUACAUAAAGCAGCUGGUUUCCUAUUAGGCAGAUGAUGGCAGUUCCUGGGUUUACCGUUGGUGCCUUCAUACUUCUGUUGCACCUCAGCUCUGUAGCUAAUUAUCCCAAUGGAAAAGUAACAAAAUCGUGCCAUGGAAUGGUUCCAGAACAUGGUCAUACCCCACGCACUGAUCCUAUUCACAAUAUUUCAGUGAGCCAGAUGACAUUCACAUCAGGAGAUCAGAUCAAAGUUACUUUGUCUGGUCCAGAAUUUAAAGGCUUUCUCUUAGAAGCACGUGAUGCUGAGGCUCUGACUGGCCCUCCUAUUGGCUCCUUCACAUUGAUCGACAGUCAGAUGUCACAGGUUCUGACCUGUGAAGAUACACAGGGAUCAGCUGUGAGUCACACAAAUCCACACAAAAAAACAGAACUUAAAGUCUACUGGAAUGCUCCAAACAGUGCCCCGAAUCACAUACAGUUUCUAGUCACGGUUGUUGAGAAGUAUAAAACCUACUGGGUGAAGAUUCCUGGUCCUGUAAUUUCGCAGCCAAAUGCACUUCCUUUUACAACACCUGAAGGUACAGUGGCACCUUUGUCAACGUUACCUCCAGUCUCGCAUUUAACCAAAUCAUUCAGUGCUUCAGAUUGUGGGAACAAGAAGUUCUGUGUUCGGAGUCCUUUGAACUGUGACCCAGAGAAGGAGCGUGCCUGUGUCUUCCUGUCCUUCACUCGAGAUGACCAAUCAGUGAUGGUUGAAAUGAGUGGUCCCAGUAAAGGCUAUUUAUCCUUUGCGUUUUCUCACGACCGAUGGAUGGGUGAUGAUGAUGCUUAUGUGUGUAUUCAUGAAGGUCAGACUGUGAACAUACAACCUUCCCACUUGACGGGGCGAAGUCACCCUGUGAUGGACUCCAGGGACACUCUUGAGGAUAUGGCUUGGAGGUUGGAGGAUGGUGUUAUGCAGUGUUCUUUCAGAAGAAACAUUACCCUUCCUGGGGUUAAGAAUAGAUUUGAUCUAAACACAAGCUACUACAUAUUUCUAGCAGAUGGUGCAGCUAAUGAUGGUCGAAUUUAUAAGCAUUCCCAGCAACCUUUGAUUACAUAUGAAAAGCAUGAUGUGACAGACUAUCCAAAGAACAUAGGAGGAUCCCGUUCUUUACUCCUCCUGAAGGCUCAUGGUGCCUUAAUGUUUGUGGCAUGGAUGACUACUGUUAGCAUAGGUGUAAUUAUUGCCCGAUUCUUCAAACCUGUUUGGUCAAAGGUUCUCUUUGGUGAAUCAGCUUGGUUUCAGGUGCAUCGAAUGCUCAUGUUUACUACUUCUGUCCUCACCUGCCUUGCGUUCAUUCUGCCUUUCAUUUACAGAGGAGGCUGGAGUUGGCAUGCAGGUUACCACCCAUACCUUGGUUGUGUAGUGAUGAUUUUAGCAGUUCUUCAGCCUCUUCUGGCAGCCUUCAGGCCACCUUUACAUAAUCAAAGAAGGCAAAUGUUUAACUGGACUCAUUGGGGUAUGGGAACAGCUGCUAGAAUAAUAGCAGUGGCAGCAAUGUUCCUGGGAAUGGAUUUACCAGGAUUGACUCUUCCUAGCCCAUGGAAGACUUAUGCAAUGACUGGAUUUGUAGCCUGGCAUGUUGGGACUGAGAUUAUUCUGGAGAUUCAUGCUUACCGACUCUCUCGCAAAGUUGAAAUAUUGGAUGAUGCUAGAAUUCAGAUCUUUCAGUCAUUUACUGGAGCUGAAGCAGAAGGUCAUGCUUUUAAAAAGGCGGUGCUAGCAAUUUAUGUCUGUGGGAAUGUGACUUUUCUUAUCAUAUUCUUAUCUGCAAUCAACGACCUAUGAGCAAGCACAGACUUUACUGUUGCAGACCAGGUAAUAAUUAUCAUCAAGCCAAAGAAACUUGAAGCCUAGACUGACUGCCUGGAGCAUAUUCAUGAAUUCUAAUUUGGAAGACCAGGUCAUGUCUAUAGAGGAAUUGGGAAGUCUGGUCUUUAGAGAUCAAUAUUCAACAGGGUCCUGUGGACUAUAAAGUGAUGUCAAGCCUGUAUGUGUAAUUCUGAGUCUUAAAGGGAAGGUAGUACUUACUAGAGGAGAACUGACUCAAAUAUUUGUAUGCAGAGAUUUUUAAGAAUGUUAGCAUUUAAGAAAGUAAACAACUUUUUGGAAAACAAAGAAUGUCAUUAGGAUUAAAAGGAGAUUAAAACAAAUAUAGUAUUUUGGACUACAAAGGUGUUGUGGUAAAGAAAACAUUUAUUUUUACUAGUUUAUCUCAAUAGUCUUUCUUAGGACUUUUUGAGAAACUACAUUUUCCAGGCCAAUUUGGGACAUUUCCCUUGCUCUAUGUAUUUUGUUACUCCUUUGGUAAAGGGAGAAACAGGACUGACCCUACUGUAGGUUUCGUUAACAUUUAAAUAAAUUAUGAAUAUUAUAAUUUAUAUGAAAUGCAAGUGUGCAUCUUUUGCUUAAAAACUGUCUUUAUAUAUUCAGCAACAGAGCUGGAAUGACAUUUUAUGUGUUAAUUGUUUUGACAAUAAGAUUUAAGUCCAAUAGCCUUUGGAGAUUGUAGACUUGCAUUUCAAAAUUAAUAAAACUCACCCUUGUGAACCUAAGUUUUUCUCUUUUCUUGUGUUAAUAAAAUAAUAUGGGUGGUUCUGUUCUGCUAGAAGUUCCUGAUGCUCUAAUGAAUUCGAAUAAUCAGUGUUAUUUUCCUUCCUAUUGAAGUAAUUUAUCUUCUAUUUUUUGGCCGGGUCUCAUAUUUGCUAUGAAGACUUAUAGCCAGUGGGUGGCGCCAUAAUACCAAAGUACUGCUUUGUUCCUUUUUCCUUGUGCUGUGAUUCAUUUUUAGUACUUAGAUAAUACCCCAGAAAGGCAUUUUCCUUAAAAUCCACCAACUCUUAAUCUUAAUUUGAAAAAAUGCUGCCUUUUUUAGGCAGAAUUUGUAGAUGUCGGGGUUACAGGUUAGAAACUGAAAAUAAGGACCAGUGUUUUUAUUUUUUGAUUUCAUUUUUGUUUGUUUUCUGAGCAAGAUUAUUUGUAACAAUUGUUUGAUAUUUCCCUUUGUAUUCCCCGACCUUGUAAUAAAUGAAUACAACUAUCUAAGGCAAAAGAAACAAGCAAAACUAAACAUUUUUGAAAUAGAAAAUUUAGGGAGGCAUAUUUUCUGUAGGUGUUCUGUUUGAUUAUGUUAUGGUUUUUGCUUGGUCCAACGACCUAAUUUCUAUCUGAUGUAAAUAAUAGACUCAGCCAUGUAUCCUGCAUCUUUUGCUGGGGAAAAUAAUAUGCAAACUUGUUUUUCUUCUUCAGUUGUGUUUAUCAUAAGUAGCUUGGGUUGACUUGUGAAUUUUCUGUAUUCAUGUUCUGUUAAGUGCCAGGCUACUUUACAGUCUAAACUUUCCUUUCGAAUGUAUUAAAAAAAUUUUUUUUCAGUAUAGAAAAUUAAAUACAUACUAAGGUAAUUUCCUCCAAUUUUCAAUUAGAAGGGGCUUAAGGGUUAAUACAUUUCUCUUGAUAAAUUAUAUUCUCUACAUGACAAGGAAAAAUUCUUUUAAGGAGAAAGAUGGAUCUUGGUGUAGUUGGUUUUUAAAUAUGUGAACUUGCUGGAUUUCCAGUGCUGAGGCUAAGAUAUUUUAACUUUUUCACUGAUUUAUCUGUUGACACUAUUUUGAUAUAUCAUCAAUUGAUGUAGAGUUGUCCAAAGAAUUCUUUGUCAUUUAAUCUUAAUAGACCAAACCUUUUCAGUAAUAAAAAAUUAUGAUUGUUCUGGUUGUGGUUGAUAUCCACAAAUUGAAAAUGCCCAUUCUUCACUUUUCUCAAUUUUUCUCCUUGUUUUUGUAAUAAACAAUCUGGGUGUUUUUUUUAAAAACAUAAUUUCUUUUGAUAGGAGUAAUUGUUAAACUAAAUGCCUUUAUAUAUUCAGCAAUGUUGCCCCAAACAGUGAGCAAAAUCAUGUUUUCAGAUGGAUUCCUCUAUAAAAUAAAAAUAAGUAUCAAUUUUUGGAAAAAAUGAAGUAAAUUCUAGAAAAUUGUGGUUGAGGUAGCAUUCAUAACUGAGACCUGUUUGUUUUUAUUAUUUUCUGGUCUGUGUGCAUCAAUCUUAAGUGCACAGGUAGCUUAUGGCAUAAGUUAUUGAAUAAAGGAAUCAUAUUCGCCUACUUGGCUUUUGUCAGGAUUUUGAUCUGAUGUGUAUUAAGUGAUAUUCAUCCUUUCUACAUCCUGCCCCAGUCCAGGAUGCAGUGGCAGCAGGAAAAGACAAAUGUAGUAGAUGCCAGCUAGGAAACUCUAGGGGCACAUGUAGCUUUUGGCUGAAAUUCUGUUUAUCUGUAUACUCUGAUGAACCAAGGGGGGAAAAAAGAACAAAGGUCCUUGUUUCAGAUGAUCUAUUAUAGAUGGGAAUGAAAGAAAGGUUUCUUGUAAGCUCUUUUCAAAUCUGAUUAGGAUGCACACUCUCCCUAUCCACAUCCUGCUUCUUCCUUGCCCAGCUCCCGCCAGGCUCAUUUCUGCACCCAGGUCACUGAUGGUCAUCUGCCUGGAAUGCCCUUUUUGUUCCUCUCUUCCUGGCAAAAGCUAGUUUAUCAAGUUCUGGCUCAAGAUCAUCCUGUCCUUGCAGCCUUCCAUGACACUCUCUCCCACAUGGAUCUCUGCUUGUCUUGACCAUCCUUAUAAAUGGAGUGGUGGUGGGCUGGGAAAUAACUGAUUCUGUAAAUUAAAAAGGGACUGGGAGUUUAAGACUGGUGUUGGAAGACCUGAGUAUGCAUGUUUGAUUUACAAGUUGCAUGUCCUUGGGCAAGUCACUUAUAUUCUCAAACUCAUUUCUUCAUCUAUAAAGCCUAUCUCACAAGGCGUUUGUGAGGAAUGAAUGAAGUGAUACCAAUAAAAGGUACUUUGUCCAUGUUGUUGAUGAUGUUGCUGUUUGAUUAUAGUGUUGCAUUUUAGCAGUUUUAAUAUAUAAAAUGUGUAUUUUUUAUUUUAUAAAGAAUUUGAUGUUCAUCUUGAAGACUAUGUUAAGUAAAAUAGCUGCACAAAAGGACAACUGUUAUCUGAUUUUUAUUUAUUUGAGCUACCUAGACUAGUCAAAUUCACAGAGAUAGAAAGUAGAAUGGUGAUUUAUAGGGGCUGGGGAGAGGAAGGAAGGGAGAGUUACUGCUGAAUGGGUUCUGGAGAUUGACAGUGGUGAUGCUUGCAUAACACUGACUGUAUUUAAUGCACAGAAUUGUACACUUAGAAAUGGUGAAAAUGGUAAAUUUUGUAUUAUGCAUAUUUUACCACCAUUAAAAAUAGGAAAAAGAAUUGAUGUUCAUAGCAACGCUAUUCAUAAUAGCCAAAUGAUGGAAACAGACCACAUAUCCAUCAACAGAUAAUGGAUAAACAAAUUGUGGUACAUCCAUACAGUGGUAUAUUUUUCAGCCAUAAAAAGGCAUGAACUGGGACAUGCUAUAAUGGGGAUGAAUUUUCAAAAAUAUUAUGCUAAGUGAAAGAAGUCAGACAUUAAAGUAACAUAUUAUGAUUCCAUUUAUAUGAAAUAUCCAGAAUAGAUAAAUCCAUAGAGACAAGCACAGUGAUAG